AUGGCGCCACAGCGAACCCUUCCACAGUGGAGCCAUCGUAGGCCAUACUCUCCUCUUGAAGCCCUAGCUUGCACAAAACCCACACCUCCAUUUUUUUCGAUUGCAGCUCCUCACCGCGUGACCAUCUCAGCCCCACCACACCUCCAUCCUCAUACGCCACCGAUUUCCAACGCAUUUCUAAGAUUCAUGAUAAGCUCUUCAUCGCUCUCUCUGACCUCGCCACUGAUGCUCAGACUCUGUAUCAGCGUCUGGUUUUCCGGCACAAACUGUAUCAGCUUCGUCAAGAGAGGGGAUAUGAAGUCGGAGACCUUUGCCAGCUUGGUCUCUGCCUUACUCUAUGAGAAAAGUGGCAAGGUGUUGUCAAGCUGA